AUGCCAAUAUUAGACAAAAGACCUUUUUUACAAAAAUUAGGAUCAAAUAAUAUAUUAGGAUCUAGGUCUAAGAACAGAGUUACUGAACAGGACCAAAAAAAGAAGUUGAGGAGCUAUGAAGUCGUGUGGAGUAAUGCUAAACUCAUUUGGAGAGUACUUCUAUUUUUGGAACUAAAGGAUUUAGUUCACAUAAGAACUGUAAAUCCUAUAUGUGAAGUGGUUGUUGGUUAUAUUAUUAAGGAUUAUCUACAAAAAGAUAAAUUUUUAUUUAGAAGUCACUUAAAUAUUAGUACUAUGGAAUCAUACAAUAUAAUAGAUUCUAAUUACAAGGAUGAAUUAAAACUGAAUCAUAUCUUUGAUUCAAGCAGAUUUUCUUUACUACGGACAAAGUUUAUUGAAAUUUGGAAUAUAUGCUCAAAUAUCCAAAUAGCUGAAAAUCUGAAUCAAAAUGAUAAUAGAAUUAAAAUAUUAGUAGAAGCAAUAUAUAUACUGGUAGGAGCGUUGGGUAUUCAUCCUAAAUAUAAUACAAUGAUAGAUAUUGAUAGUUUUUUUGGAGAAAUAAGAUUUAAUAAUCAUAAUUAUAACACACAGGGAUUUGCAUGGAAACAAAUGGCAAAAUUAUCUGGGUAUAAUCUUUCAAGUGCUGAGCUUUUGCGUGAAAAUGGAAAAGAGGUGGAUUAUUUUUACUGGCCAGAGAAAGUAGAUGAUCCCAAGUAUUCUUCAGUUGAUGUAUUUACAACGCAGGUGGUAUUGGAGAAGAUAGCUCAAAUCUCUGAACUUGACGAAAAAGUUUAUAAGCAGUUAAGAUUUCUAAUUAAAAAGCAUUUACCUGCUGAGCUUACAUUUUACAAUAGCUCUGGUGUGGCUAUUGAGAAGACUAUACUAUAUACAGAUGAUCAAAAUGAACCUAAAGAAUUUGAAUCAAAAGAAAGUAUGCAAACAAAACUACCUGUCACAAAUGUACAACUCUUUUCAGAUACUAAGGGAGGCAUCAAUUUAUACAAUGACUACUUAAUAAAUAGUUUUGUAGAGUGGAUAAUUGUAGUAAUUAAAACACAAAAUUUGUUGCCACACUUAAAACAAAUUGGCACUAGUACUCUUCAAGAUGCAAACCUACAGUAUGACUCUUUAUAUUUGAGUAAAAAUACUAAAACUAAGAUAAAUAGUGAUAAUACAGAGCCUAAUAUUACUAAUAAUAUAAGUACUGAUAAAGAUUAUAACCUUAAUAUUAGAAACAGUAAAAAUGCAUUGGUAGGACCACAAGAAACUUGUAUUAGGAGUGAACAUGUGAAAUUGUGUAAUAGCAAAUAUAUGAAAAGAGAUAAACAAACUACUUUUGAGACUUCUGAAAACCUACCUUACCCAAUGACAGUUGAGAAACUUUGCAAAGCAAUAAAAAGCCAAGAAGUAUUGCUGAGGGAACUUAAAACUAUUCUUAAAAUUAUGAGGUCUCACACUAAGUUUUACUAA